CACUGGUUUAGUGGGUAGUCAUCAACUGGUGAUUAGUUUUCUGAUUAGCCAUUGGAAAAGAAUGAAGUGCGAAACGUAAAUAAAUUAGAAUUUGCGAUUUUAUUGUGUUUUUAAGUUGAUUUGUUUGUUUUUAUCUGAGCGAUUUUAUUAGUGUAUCCCGACUAAAUACCCUACGGCAAACACUAAAUGUAAAUGAAAGAUGUCAAAAAAUAAGAUUGUUUCUAAAAAUUAUUUACACGAUUCCAGCAAAAUCGAAGUUAAAAGCAAGUUUGACGCCGAAUUUAGAAGAUUUUCUAUAGAAAGAAAUUCACAAUCCAAAUUUGAGGAAUUUAAAUCGUUAUUGGAAAAAUUACACAGAUUAAAAGACAUUGCUUUUUUGAUUUCUUAUAUUGACCCUAGUGAUCAAGAUUUGUUACCAAUAAAUAAUGAUGAUAAUCUUCGAAGAGCUCUUAUAAAUGCCAAACCUCUUUUGAGAGUUAUAAUCCAAAGAAAAGGUGAAAGCUUAGAAGAAUUGAAUGGAUAUGGUACCAUAAAACCUAGGAAUCUCAUUUCAAGUAUAUUGGGAGGUACACCUGGUAGAACCAAGACUUUACCAAUUUCAAAUCCGCAUGAUUUUCGACAAGUUUCUGCAAUUAUAGAUGUUGACAUUGUCCCUGAAACUUGUAGAAGAGUACGAUUAUUAAAACAUGGAUCAGACAAGCCUUUGGGGUUUUACAUACGAGAUGGAACCAGUGUAAAAGUUACACAAAAUGGUUUAGAAAAAAUUCCUGGAGUUUUCAUUUCAAGACUGGUUCCAGGAGGACUAGCAGAAUCUACAGGACUUUUAGCUGUAAACGAUGAAGUCCUGGAAGUGAACGGAAUUGAAGUAGCGGGCAAAACUUUAGAUCAAGUGACCGAUAUGAUGAUUGCCAAUAGUUCAAAUCUUAUUAUAACUGUAAAACCUGCCAAUCAAAGGACAGUCGGUCCUGUCAGGAGGGGUAGUUUUGGAAGGAGUUCUCACAUGUCAAGUGGAUCACAACAAUCUCACACGACUGGUGGCUCUGAUCCUGAUGACAAAUAUGAUCAAGAUGAAAUUGUCGAUUUAACAGCUGGAAUGAACUUGGAAGAUGUUAAUUCAAAAGAUGACGGAAUCCUACACCUUUAACACAAAUAGGUUUCAUCGGAGUAUGUUUUACACAUGGUAACAACAAGUCUGUGAAUUAUCUUAAGCUACUUCCUUUCAUUUUAAUAGAUUAGAAAACUAGGAAUUCGACUGAAUUUGGGUUGCAAAUAAGUAUUGGAUGUUUUUAAAAAAAUCAGGCCAGUUUAUUACAUUUAUUUGGAUUGGGAACUGGCGCCUUUGAUGUUAAAUUUGUAAUCAAAGAAAAUUACACCAAUUAAAUUACAAAUUUCAAAAAGGUUUCAUCUGAGAACCAAACAAAUCAAAGUAUGGAGAACAAAAUUUUUGUGAUAAGUAGCACACUUAUUUUUUGUUAUUUUGCGUAAAUAUGUUAAAUCCAAAGAAAGAUGCUACAAAAAUGAGUGAAUAUGAGUGGCAAUCAUUGUCAAAGAAUUAAUGUACUUAAGAGUAGACAACAUAUAAGACUAAAAUAUACAUUCCAUUUUUUUCCAAUAUUCCUUGCAGUUAGGAUUCUGUUUAUAUUAUUCUUAAUAUCGCAUCAUGUGUCAUAGAUAUGAACAACAUUUUUAUUCAAAUGCAAGGUUAUGUGGUCUUUUUAUUUUUUUAACAGACAAUGCCUAACAAAAUUGCAUUGCUCAACCAAGUAAGUAUUACAUUUCAGUGUGCCUUUCAAGAAUAUAUAAGUUUAAAAUGUGCUUUUUUCCUUGAUCUGUGGUAAAAUCAAAAAACAAGGCCGUAAUGAGGAGACAUCAGUAGUGCCUUCAUAACGCAGUGCCUUCUAAUGUUGUUGGCUAAGUGUGUUUUGCAGUUUUAAAAUAAAUAACUUGUUAAAAUACGCAGAUUUCUAUUAAUAUAUGUUGCGAUAUUAUAAUUAAUUUGUUUCUUAUCAAUUUCCUUUGUAAAAACUUCCAUUUUGCUUGAAGCAUUGUGACAAUAUAAUAGCCGAUAAUUUUUUAACUUGGAAAAUGUUUGUUUUGUUUCAAUUUCAUCAAUGCAGAAGAAAACAAAAGUUAUGAAUAAAAAUGAGUGUAUUACAAUUAUGUUAUGGCAAGACAUUUUGUUUGUAAAAUUUUUUGUGUUUUGUUGAGUUAUAUCAUAUAAUAAUUUUAUAAUUGAGGUAUUAACAUAUUUUAGCACCUUUUUGUUGUGAAUGUUUUGAGUCUUAUUAUAGAUGGAUGGGAGUGUAUAGCAUUUUAAGCUAAUUCUUAUUAUGCUUGUAUAUAUUUAUUACUUCUAAGUACCUUUAUCAUAUGUUUCCAUGUAAUUUUAUAUGAUUUUAUUAAUUAAUUUCACCCUCUGAGUUGGCAGAUUCAAUACAUACCAUACAAUACUUUAAGCCAUAUCUAAAUUUAUUUAGACAUGUAUGAUGAUUUAGCAAUUUUAAUCAUUCUCAGAAAUUACCUUAUUUGCCCACUUUUAAGAUACCUUUUACUCCGAAUUUUGAAGAUGACAAAUGAUUUAUAUAUGUUGUACCUAAAAUUCAAUAACAUUUAAAUAUAAUUCGAAUAAGAAAAUAACAAAAAUAAAUGGCUGGUACUUCGGGUGAAAUCACAAAUGUAUGCACACGAUAUAGUUGAUGUUGCAAAAUUUUUUAUUAUAUAUUUUUCAAGUUUUUUGCUUUUAAUAUUUAAAUUGUACAUCUAAAAUUUUGUCUCAAGGUAAAUGAAAAAUAUCCGUCCUGUAGUUUGCCUUAAUAUUAUUGUACAAGUAUUAUUAUGGUAUUAUUAAGAGAUUUUACAUCCUUUUAACUAUGGUAUUGUUAAAGGUACAUUUAAUGCAAUCAUAUUUUUACAUAGUUUGCAUCACAUAUGUACUUAUUAAAGUUAUUAGAAAUAUA